GUUCCUCCCAAGCUCCCCCAAAAAAGAAACAUUCAUCCACUGUUUGCAGCUCUCUCGGCCAUGGCAGCAGCGGCGGCGCAGAGGCUCCUUGCGGCGAGCACGAAGAUCGUCGGGGCCGGGCGCAACUACAUCUCCCAUGCCAAAGAUCUCGGCAACCCUGUCCUCAAGGAACCCGUCCUGUUCCUGAAGCCCACGUCGUCGUUUCUCCACGCUGGCCCGACCGCCGGCCCCAUCGAGGUGCCCGAGCCGCUCGAGUCGCUGCACCACGAGGUCGAGCUCGCCGUCGUCAUCUCCCGGCGCGCGCGCGAUGUCCCCGAGGCCUCCGCCAUGGAUUUCGUCGGAGGUUAUGCACUUGCUUUGGACAUGUCAUCAAACGAUCUGCAAUCAGCUUCUAAGUCUGCAGGUCUUCCUUGGACAUUGGGUAAAGUACAGGACACCUUUACUCCAAUUAGUGCGGUGGUUCCGAAAUCAGCGAUCACUAAUCCCUAUGAUCUAGAACUGUGGCUAAAGGUAGAUGGUGAACUUAGGCAGAAGGGACUUACAAGUGAUAUGAUAUUCAAGAUUCCUUUUCUAAUCAGCUAUAUCAGUUCCAUCAUGACAUUAAUGGAGGGUGAUGUGAUAUUAACUGGUACUCCCCCCGAUGGUGUAGGUCCUGUCCGAGUAGGACAGAAGAUUAGUGCUGGUAUAACUGACCUCAUUGAUGUAGAGUUCGAUGUUCAGAGACGCAAACGUUCAUUUUCUAACUGAUGCAUCAAGCAAGAAACUAUGAUGGAAUUGCGAAGAUUGCACUACGUCGUGGAAGAGAGCGGUUCACCGGCCAGCAAAUACAUUGCAAGGAACAGGGUGCAUUGCGCCAGAAUAUGCACACGUCCUGUUCCAUUGUCACAUCACGGACAUCCAUCUCAUAGGCAACGGCUUAGUUUGCAGUUGCUACUUGCUAGAGUCUGCUGUGUUGAAAUCUAUAAACUCCUGCAAGAAAGAGUUGUGGAGAGUUAGCAUUCUGUUUGACAAACAAGAUUCAUAUCGGCAAAGUUGUGAGGUUGGUCUACAUGAUUGUUUGUAUCGAUUUGGGGUAGCAAGUGACCCCCUUUCACAAUAUAGUAUAGGUUGGAAUUAAUCUUGAUCUUAAGGUUGUUUCUGCUGGCCUGCUGUUGUUGCCUGCUCAUUAUUGAUAUCAUUAUAUUGAUGUUGUCAUGCCAUGGUUGGUGACCGUAAAUUAUUAGUCAAACCGCCUCUUCA